AUGAAAUAUUCCCUUUAUCCAGAUAGUUGGAGAUAUCAGGAUGAUGGGGUUGAUUUCAAUCUUCUUAUAAAAGACAUGAUACUGACAGAAUUCCCAGAAACUAUUGAGUGUGAUGAAACUAUUGAGUGUGAUGAAAUGCAAUAUAACAUUUCACAGGUGAUGUCAGCUAAGAUGGGUAAUCAUCAAUCUAAGAUGGCAGACUCUCUAGCUUCUGACAUCGCCCUUUUCCUUAAAAACAAACUCAGGAGACCCCAAGAUGAUUCACAGUCCAGUGUCUUUGAGUCAGAUUUUCCUAAUGUGGUGGUCGACCCUGCGUCAGGAGGCUGUGUCAAGGCCUCCACAGAAGAAACAGCAGAUGCCCCCACUUCAGAAGAGCAGCCACAGAUAUUCCAUGGCUCAGGGAUCUGUAAAUGGUUUAAUGUGCGGAUGGUCUUUGGGUUCCUUUCCAUGACAGACAGAGAAGGACCUCCACUUGAAUGUCCUGUUGAUGUUUUCGUACACCAGAGCAAACUGCAUAUGGAAGGAUUCCGUAGUUUAAAGGAAGGCGAAGCAGUGGAGUUUACCUUUAAGAAGUCUGCUAAAGGACUUGAGUCAAUACGAGUAACCGGUCCGAAGGGAGUAUCCUGCAUUGGUAGUGAGAGGCGUCCCAAGGGAAAGAUUCUGCAGAAGCGAAGGUCAAAAGGUGACAGAUGUUAUAAUUGUGGUGAACUGGACCACCAUGCUAAAGAGUGCAAACUCCCUCCACAACCAAAGAAGUGCCAUUUUUGCCAAAGCAUCAGUCACAUGAUCGCCAGUUGCCCAAACAAAGCACAGCAAUCACCGAGUUCUCAGGGAAAGCCUAUCAGCUUAGAAGAAGAGCAACAGAGCCUGAACGCAUCCAUCAUUUCAGAAACAGCAGAGUAAAAGGGAGCUAGAGCAGCAAAAUGCAAUAAUCCACACUCAUGAAAUACAUGUGCCCCUUCUAAGAUCUCCAUUCGUUCCUUUUCAGAACCACUGUGCUCUCUGUGGCUGGUGUCCAUUUUUUCAGCAAGUUAUGAUACAAAAAGUGGGCUUUUGAUGAAAGUACAUACACAAUAACUUUGGCAAGUAACAUGGCUCACUUUUAGUUCUGGAAUGUUAUGCAACCUUGAAAUUCUAAAACUUGUGUGUGACAUUCUUCUGUCUCUUAUCCAGCCCUUGAUAAAAGAAAGUGGUAGCAAAGGGAAAAAAAUAAGCAAAAGGGAGAUGGAGAGAGAUGUACAUGCAAAUAAUGGCUAGAAUGUUAACAAACAUUUUAGUGAUUGUGUAAUCUUGUAAGCCAAAAUGCAUUUUCAGUUGCUUCUGAUUUGUCUACAUGUCAUUUAGCAACACACAGGCAACACAUCUGUGAAGAGCAAAAGCAUUGCCUAGAAUUAACACUGCUGUCUGGUUGCUGUCUCACUGGAUGUGAUCGCCCAAAAAAUACCCAGUCACUCGAAGUGUGUGUCUACUUAUGCCAGGAAUCAUGCUGUGUAACACGCACCAUCAGGAUAGUUAAUACAAUUUCUAAUAUGCCUUCAAAUACUUCAGCAUUCAGAUGUGGCAGUGUUUGCUUUCUGCCUUGCUUUUAUAUCUCUCUCUCUCUUUCUCCCACUACUGGCUUGCUAAAGAAGGGCAUGGCCAUUUUAAUUGAGUUAUUUUGUUUCUUUCUGAGCAAGAACUCAGCCCAGCACACUUCUUCAGGGAGACAAAAAGACUGGUCACUGUUCUCAAGUCGAUGCAAUGUGAAACUGCACUAAACUGUGCGUGUAACUUUCUUUUAGUUCUCUCUUUUUAAUAUAAAUAUUUUUUGUAUUUUUAUAUAUAUGUUAACCUAAAAUUAUUACUGCAACUUGAUCUCAGGAAUAUAUAUUUCCUCAGGGAUAAAUAAUAAGAUCAAAUUCUAUUACAAGUUUAAUAUGACAUUGUUUUGUGCGUGUGUAUGUGCAUGUCUGUGUAACUGUAUCAAAUGGCUUUUAGGGUAUAUUUUUAAACACACUGUUAUCCCCUUUAUUUUUAACUGUUUUGUUUUUCAUGUAUGAAGACACGCUUUUCGACAUAUGUAGUAAUGUCUCUGUAAAGAGAAGCAUGGUCAUGAAAAAUCACUAGUUUCGUAAAGUUGCAGAUCUACCUUCUGAUAAAUUUAAAGUCUUUC